CUUUGUUUAACAUUGAUCCGACUCUCUGAGUGAAGCAAAGGAAGCUCAUAUCGAUGCUCGAGUUGUACGGUUUUCUGAGGGUGGCAAGCAAACAGAGUUAGCAGACCCAUAGAUUUUAUAUAUUCUAGGUAAAUCGGUAUCCAUUGUAGGGCGAAGUUGGAGUUUCUCACCAGGAACUCAGACCGUGAGUCCGGGAGUAUCGAUCUCUGCAUGCUCAUCAUGAUAUAGCUUUGCUAGCUUUUCGCGCACACUACCUGGGAAAUAUAUAAAGAAAGAACAGGAUCUCCGGUAACAAGUGCUACAAUAUUCACCCGCUGAAAACAAGUAGAAAUAGCAUGUACUACAAGCCGUCUUAACAAAAUCGUGCUUCGCAUCUUUCGCUGCACUAUAUAGUAUAUACUUUGCUCUCUGUUGGUCUGAAAUGUGGACAACCAGAAUCCAUUCUCAACUUUUUCACUUUGGGAAUUAAGUGGAUUCCUUGGACAGAACAGAAGCUUUAUAACGGUACGUCGUUUGUGGCGUAGCGCGGGGCAAAGUAUAGAGGUGUCAAAAGAUACUGUGCCUAUGUUAUAAAUCAUGGAAAUAUAAAUGGCAAACUCUUCGUUUUCUUUGCUUUAUAAUCAGACGAACGAAUUAUUAGGAUUUAAGUGGGAAGGAAGUUUGUCUGGUUUCCAUUUCUUAGCUUGCUUGAUUUGAUCUGUCGGGCUUCUAGCAUUCAGAAACUUGUCGAGAAAAUGGGGUACAUCAGUCAUUUUUCCUAGCUAAGAUAUGGUGGCCUUUGGAAAGAAGCUGAGAGAAUCACAAAUUAAAGAAUGGCAAGGAUGCUACAUCAAUUACAAAUUAAUGAAGAAGAAAGUUAAUCGAUACACACAACAAAUUGAGGUCGGAACACAAAACGGUGAUAAUGUUCUGAUGGACUUCUCAAGAUUGCUAGACUGUGAGAUCGAAAGGAUUGUCCUUUUCCUGCUAGAACAACAAGGGCAACUUGCUACCAGGUUAUCUGAUCUUAGAGAGCAGCAGCAUGCUCUUUUACAGCAGCCAGGUGGAUCAAGAAUAUCUGAAUUACAGGAAGCAUAUAGAGCAGUUGGAUGUGAUCUUUUAAGGCUUCUCUCUUUUGUUGAGAUCAAUGCCAUUGGUUUACGUAAGAUAUUGAAAAAAUUUGAUAAGCGGUUUGGUUAUAAGUUCACCAACUACUAUGUCAAAACUCGUGCAAACCAUCCUUACUCCCAGCUGCGACAAGUUUUCAAGCAUGUGGGGUUUGGUGCUGUCGUUGGAGCCAUAUCUCGCAAUCUCGCAGAUCUUCAAGACCUUCAACACCAUCAGGGGAACUACAUAUCGAUAUAUGAUCAUCCUGCUUUAUCCCACCUGGAUCCUGUCAUCGAUUCUAUUAGGUCAGCUGUAGAGAAAUUAUCAAACUCAACAAAUUACCUUCACUUUUUGGGAAGACACGCCUUUAUCAUGGAGGACGACUUGCCAACUCCAUCUCAAGAUGAUACUGCUGACCAGAGAUAUCAUUUUAUGUCACUUCUCCUGAACUUGGUAAACACAUUUCUAUAUAUGGUCAACACAUACAUCAUAGUUCCGACAGCAGACAGCUACUCCUUGAGCCUUGGAGCUGCAGCAACAGUCUGUGGAGUUGUGAUAGGGUCUAUGGCUGUUGCUCAGGUGUUUUCUUCAGUUUAUUUUAGUGCAUGGUCAAAUAGAUCGUACUUCAGGCCCCUUGUAUUUAGUAGUGUUGUCCUUCUUGUGGGAAACACCUUAUAUGCUCUGGCUUAUGAUCUGAAUUCAAUAUCUGUUCUUCUGAUUGGUCGGCUCUUCUGUGGGUUAGGUUCUGCAAGGGCUGUUAACAGGCGUUAUAUCAGUGAUUGUGUACCGCUCAAAUUGAGAAUGCAGGCGUCUGCAGGUUUUGUAAGUGCGAGUGCGCUUGGAAUGGCAUGUGGUCCAGCUCUUUCUUGUUUACUACAGACGAAUUUUAAGAUUUCAAAACUUACUUUCAAUGAGGAUACAUUGCCUGGUUGGCUUAUGAGUCUCGCGUGGCUUGUCUACUUAUUGUGGUUAUGGAUUUCUUUUAGAGAGCCUUCUCUUGAGACUAAAGAAGCUGCUGUGCCGCAGGAAGCUAAUGCUGGCACUGUUUCUUCUGGUCUAGGACCAUUGGUAAACAUUGCUGUGGAGAAAAGUUUCACACAACCAUUGCUAGUGAAAUCAGAAGCUAAGCAACAAGAUGAAGGCGAAGACCAAGGAUGUGAUGAUAUUGAAGAAGAUUCUGGGGAAUUUCAAAAGCCUGUCACGUCAAUUGUGAUGGCAUAUAGACUACUUACACCAUCAGUAAAGGUUCAACUAUUUGUGUAUUUUAUGCUCAAAUAUGCCAUGGAGAUUUUACUUGCUGAAUCAAGUGUCAUCACUGGAUAUUAUUUUAUUUGGACAAGCAGCAGUGUGGCAAUCUUUCUUGCAUGUCUCGGGCUAACAGUGCUUCCAGUAAACAUUAUUGUUGGAAACUAUAUCGGCAACAUGUUUGAAGAAAGGCAACUCCUACUGGCAUCUGAAAUUAUGGUGUGUUUUGGUAUACUUCUAAGCUUCCAAGUAUUCAUCCCUUACUCUGUCCCUCAAUAUGUUGGCUCAGCUCUAAUCACAUUUGUAUCCGCUGAAGUCCUUGAAGGUGUGAACUUAUCACUCCUAUCUCGUGUCAUGUCAUCAAGGCUUUCCCGUGGCACGUACAAUGGUGGACUGCUUUCCACAGAAGCCGGGACCCUGGCUCGAGUUAUUGCAGAUGGUACAAUAACACUGUCUGGUUAUUUGGGUGAGAGUAGACUCUUGAAUAUCACCUUAGCUCCUGCACUCCUCAUCUGUAUUUCAUCCAUCAUUGCUACCUGCUUCACCUACAACUCUCUCUACUGAUGCCCUUCUUCACUUUUAACUUGAACAACUGUUGUAUAGCAUAUUUGGAUAUGCACACCGAUCAAUGGUGGCCAAUGCUCUACAUUGCUAGCAUUCAGCAGAUAUAUAUAUAUAUAUAUAUAUAUAUAUAUAUAUCUAAAUGCUGUUGAGGAUGGGAGCUUUCAAUCUGUGCCCCUUUAUUUGUUUUUCUAAGCACAGCCGAAUGCAGAAACUGUUAUGCUCCCUUCUAUACUGGAUCAAACUAAUUAUAAAUUGCAUGAUGCAUUUUAACA